AUGUGUCCCCAGUACACACCAUCAGUACUGCAAAAUUUAAACAAGAUUCGUGUGGAACGGACUCCCGACAAUGUCAGCGAUUCACUUGUGAGUUGUUUCCUCAGUAUUGCAGAUCAAGUGUUGCUGCCAUCUCUUACUUUAAUGGACUCCAAUGCAUGUAUGUCAGAAGAGCUUUGGGGAAUGUUGAAAACAUUCCCGUACCAAUAUAGGUAUCGUUUAUAUGGACAGUGGAAAAAUGACACCUAUAGUAGCCAUCCUCUACUGGUCAAAGUCAAAGCUCAGACUAUUGACAGGGCCAAGUAUAUUAUGAAGCGAUUGACUAAGGAAAAUGUGAAGCCUUCUGGAAGACAAAUUGGGAAGCUGAGUCACAGUAAUCCAACAAUCCUGUUUGAUUAUAUUUUAUCCCAGAUUCAGAAGUAUGACAACCUAAUUACACCUGUUGUGGAUUCUUUGAAAUACCUCACUUCCUUGAACUAUGAUGUCUUGGCAUAUUGCAUCAUUGAAGCGCUGGCCAAUCCUGAGAAAGAGAGAAUGAAGCAUGAUGACACCACCAUCUCUACCUGGUUGCAGAGUCUGGCAAGUUUUUGUGGUGCCAUUUUCAGAAAAUAUCCAAUAGAACUUACUGGUCUUCUGCAGUAUGUUGCUAACCAACUGAAAGCUGGGAAAAGUUUUGAUUUGCUGAUCCUAAAAGAAGUGGUGCAGAAGAUGGCUGGUAUUGAAAUUACAGAGGAAAUGACGACAGAACAAUUGGAAGCUAUGACUGGUGGAGAACAGUUAAAAGCCGAGGGCGGUUACUUCGGACAGAUCAGGAACACAAAAAAGUCAUCGCAACGGCUAAAAGAUGCACUGCUGGACCAUGACCUGGCACUUCCUCUUUGUCUCCUCAUGGCACAGCAGAGAAACGGUGUUAUUUUCCAGGAAGGGGGUGAGAAGCACCUCAAAUUAGUUGGAAAAUUAUAUGACCAAUGCCAUGAUACCUUGGUGCAAUUUGGAGGAUUUUUAGCUUCAAAUCUAAGUACAGAAGACUACAUCAAACGAGUGCCUUCAAUUGAUGUUCUUUGUAAUCAGUUUCACACACCACAUGAUGCUGCGUUUUUCUUAUCCCGUCCCAUGUAUGCGCACCACAUUUCGUUGAUUCGUAAAAGGGCGAAUGUGUUCGAGGAGGAAGAAAUGCAGGAGAAGCAGAAACCUUCUCAGGAGGAUGAUGGGCAAAGGCCUGAUAGACUCCGAGAGGCCAGAGGUAAUCUAAUAACUGACCACUUCCAGGUUUACUGA